AUGAACUACGCAGAAACCAUCCCCGUCGAACUCUGGCUUCACUGUGGGUCGUUUUGUUGGAUACCAGAGCUCCGGCAACUCUGUCUCACCUGCACGACCUUUCGGGAUAUCUUCCAGCCUGUCGUUUUCGCGGAGAAGAAGGUGGUCAUCCCCAAGCGGGAGCGAUACGAUGAUGAACGGGCUAUUGGUGGCCUGCAGCUUGACCACUUCUCUCAGUUCUCUGAUACCUUCGAUGGUCUGAUCACACACAGCCAUCUGGCGUCCUAUGUCAAAGUACUGCACGUCGUCGACAAUCUCGCCGCUGAAAUAAGCCACGGCGAAAGCCUGACUAGGAAGGCAAUUCCCGACCGGAUCCUGCGUAAAAUGGGGGCAUUCAGUAAAUUAAGGUCACUCAAUCUCUCCAAUCUCCAGCUUUAUGGCGACGGGCGAAGAGCACUGGAUGAACUCCCGUCAUCUCUGGAGCACUUAGGACUCGAAAUGUGCGGUCUCGCAUCGGGCAGUCUUUUGGCGUUGAAGAGCUUCCGCCUCACCCGGUGCCUUCAUCAUGCCGCUGAAGACAAUGGUCUGCUACAUAUCGUUGAUCCGAAAACUGUGCAGACGUUGGUUUUUGACGCGUCAGCAAACCCCGGUGGCUGGGAGGACGCUAUCAACAGUGUCGUGCGCUCUCUCUGUGAAACGACUGAUGCAGUCUUCCCCUCCCUUCGCUUGCUCAAUGUGUCCUUUGCUGCCACACCCAAGUUGUUGGUGUCAGCGUUUCUUCGAAAAUGCGAGCAUGUCGAAACGCUUAUAUUGGACUCAUCAGCACAUCUGUUCGAGAUGCGGUAUCUUCCGAAUCUCCAUAGUAUUCAUUGCCCAACCAUUCUCGCCGAAGCCUUGGUCUCCAAUCGUCGUGUUACGACAUUGACGCUUGUCGACCGAGGGUUAAGAACCCUGCCGUUGUCAAAAGCACUCGCCUGCAUCAGCUCGUGUCCCACUCUUGAGACAAUCAACAUUUCUUCUUUCAUCGGCCAGGACGAUUUGCUCUCCGUCCUCGAUGCCACCACUACUGCCUUUCCCCGCCUCCGAAAUCUCCGCCUCGCACUCCAAUAUCCUUACGGACUGUUCAAACUGCUAAUGUUGCUACUUGCGUCAACGCGUAGUAAACAGAUUCCGCUCCCUCCAGGACUGCACGCGCUUUGUCUAGUCUUGCCCACAUCGCGGGCUGAUCUCACGCGAACGGAGACGACGCUUGAGCCAAUGCAGUUGGCACGUCUCCUGGUCAGAGACACGCCAGCAAAAGAGUUAAUCAAGCUCUCGAUCAUGUAUGUCGGGUGUGAAGUAGUAUGUCUCAGAGCUGUGGAAGGAAGUCGGUGGAUUAUGGAGCAAUGGGAAGCGGAGCUUAAUUAG